CCAGAAAUGCUUGAAGACAAGCCAUGAAACCAGUCAUCAAAAGCACUUUUCUGCAGGCUAACCAAUCCCAAGAAGGAAACAGUUACCUUGGUGCUCACCAACAAACAGAAAAUUUGAGACUGGUGCCAGAUUUCAGUGCUGCCAAAUAAGCUUUGGGAGAAUUCUGGUAGCAUUCUUUCAUUACUAUCUACUAGGAAAUGUCUAAAAUGAUAGAUAUGACCAGGCUCCACCAGGCUGUUGCUGUGGGGGACUGCAGUACGGUGAGCAGGAUUCUAAAGAAGGGGCUGUAUAAUCCCAACCACAAGGAUAGAGACUGGAAUGACCGGACUCCACUUCACUGGGCUGCAAUUAAAGGACAUGUUGAUUUAACAAAGCUUUUAGUAGCCUAUGGAGCCAGGCCCUGCUUGGUUACUGAUGUUGGUUGGACCCCAGCACAUUUUGCAGCCGAAUCAGGACACCUGGAAGUGCUCAAAGCCCUUCACGUACUACAUGCUGCAAUUGAUGCCCCAGAUUUUUUUGGAGAUACUCCAAAGAGGAUAGCACAGAUUUAUGGACAGGAGGAAUGCAUGGAAUUCCUAGAGAGUGCUGAAGUGGAAUGUCAAGCCUAUCGCUUAAUGGCCCAAGAGAAAGGGCUGCCAUUGGAUCAGAAAGAUGAAGAAUGGGAACUAAAGAAACAGGAACUUGAAGAGAGUCUCCCUUCUUUGAAUCCAAACAAAAAUGAAAAAAAGAUUAAGAAAUCUCAAGGCCCCCACAAGACUCUAUAUGGUUGGGCUCAUUUACACCGAGGCUCUUAUAAACAUCUUAACAGAGGAAAUAAGAUAGAUAAAGCUAUAGACCCUAAAAAAAUUGAAUCUUGUUCCAGGGAUGAGAAAAAUCCUGUUUCUAUGAGUUAAUCUUUUCCUAAGGCUUAGUUAAGAGCAGUGACUAUGUUAAUUCUUUGUUAGAUUGGCAUGCAUUUAUAUAGAUUGGCAUGCAAAGUUUAUUUCACAGGCUUAGCCUGUGCUCUCCAAUAAAUAGAUUCCCCUAAAUAUACCAGUGCUCCCCCCAAAAUAGGUAGCAUGGUGUUACAGAAUGUUGGCAUGAGACUCAAGAGGUUUUGCUCUUCCUAUAACUAGCUGUGUGAACUGGACAAAUCACUUGCCCUCUCUGGGCUUUACUCAUUUCCCUCAUCUAUAAAAUGAUGACAUUGGAUUAAGAUUCCUUUUUGCUUUAGUAUUCUAGGAUAAAAUAUGAUCUGGGAGCCUACUUCCUUCCUCAUCACUAAGGAAAAAGGUCAUUUUGUCUGUACAAGACAAUAGGCCAAAUAGGGAUCUGGACCAAUGGAAAGAACACUGGACUUAGAGGUAAGAGGACCUGGGUUUGAACCCAAUGUAAUAUUGAACAAGUCAUUUAACCUUUCAGGACCUCAUUUUCCCUCACCUAUAAAGGAUGGGGUUAUAAUAAAUAACCUCCAAGAUCUCUUCCAUUUCUAAAUCUCUGAUCUCAUAAUAUGUUUUUGUCUAUUCAGAGAAAAAUUGAAUAUUGCAGAGAGGGAAGAGUCCAAGAGUAUAGUCAGAGGUCUCUUCCAUUCCACUGUUCUACUUGUCUGAUGAGAAUGUGGAUUUGCAUGCCAUAUUUGUUGUGGUUCCUUAGUCAUGAGUACAAUUUUAGAAAAAUUAGGCAAAAUGUUGAAAGUAGGAAUUUGGUCCUCUAGAACUCAGAGCAUACCUAGCAUCUGCCUUAGGAAGCCAUUUUAAUGGCUCAUUUUUCGUGGAUCAUUCUGUAUGAUUUUGUUUCUCCAUUUUCUAGAACAAACAAUUUCUCCAAACUCUCCAUUAUCUUCAUUCUGCAUUUAAGAAUGAUGUUAGAUGUUGCUCUUAUGUACCUGCUGUGCUUUAAAUGCUUUGAAAUAAAAAUUUGAAAAUGCUUUCCUCA